UCCUUAGUAUGUUUGUAAACAUGGCCUACAUCAAAACAUAUGAAAGAUUAAAGUUUGUAAUAAACAUCAGGAAAUGAAAUGCCUACCUAUUUUAUAGCUAAGUUGUUACAGAUACUCAUUUUAUAUGUAAAUUUUAUUCCUCAUUUUGAGUCCAUGCCUUGUUUGGCCUCAGAAACAACAGUAAAGAAGAUAAGCCGAUGUCCCAGAAAUCACUUGGAGUGGAUGAUAGAAGCGGAGAAAGUCAAUUGUUCAUCAAUUCAUCAAACAUGUGUUGAAUCACAUGAUUUCGUUUAUCAUUGUGUUUUGAACACAAAACUAACCGGAUUUAUCCGCGUUUGUGCUCCUGUUAAGCGAAUUUAUGGGAAAAUGUGUGCAGAGUAUAAUCUUGUUGGGAACAUAAUUCAGGAGAGUUUGGAUGCAGGCUGUGGGACGGAUAAAAUUCCCUGCCCACCUGUGUAUUCAUCAACAGAAGCAUAUAAAUAUCAAGAAUGUUACUAUUUUGUCACACAGAGCAAAAACAUCACAAAAAAUAAUGCUACAGAAACUAACUCUCCAAAAACAGGCUCCCAAGAGGAAAUCAAAAAAAGCUUGAAGCUUUUCUUACUCCUGACUCUUGCCGUGGUCAUUUUGAAUGCAGGUUUAUGGAUUUUGCUAAGGAUUAAGAAAACGAUGCAUUUGAAAAGAGGGUAUAGAGCAAGUACCAACAACUAUAAAGAAGAAAUUCCAAUGACUGCAUGAACUAUGAUCGAAUGUUUCGCUGUGGCUUCAGUUUGAAAGCUUGCAUAAAAGUUUCUCCUCACCUCUGUUCUACAUGGAAUAUGGUUGAUCAUGUUCAGUAAAUGUGAAUUGGAAGGAUGAUUAUAAAAUAUAUUGAUAUAACAGAAAUUCGCACAGAAUCAUCUGCUACACCUUUAAGAGAAUUUCUAAAUCAGCGCAAGGCCUGUAGAGACAGAUCGAUCGUGUUGCAUGUAUCAAAACUGAUUAUAUGGUCUGAACUGUAGUGCGAAUCUUUAUUUGAAGAGAAUAGAAGAUGGCAGAUAACGAAGGUAGACAAUCCUAUGAUAUACUAUAUUUUCAGAGUUCAUCAUGAAAUUUAAAAGCAUCGUUUGUGUAUUUUUUUUAUUUACAAGGCCUAAAGUUGAUGCCUAUGCACUUGAAAAAUAUAGAUGAUCCUUGUCAUAAAGUUCACCAUCUAAAAAUAAGGAGGGGGAGUAUCUGCUAUAUUUAGACAUAUGUGAUAAUUGUUGCAUGUGUAUAUGCAGAACAGAAAUAUAUGCAUGAUAUGUGGAAAAUAUUUAUAUGAAAACCAGUCGAACUUCCCUUUUUAUACUAUUAACAGCAACUGUAACCAACAACAUGGAAGAAAUUUGAAUGAAUACAUAUGCUAUGAAUGUUUUGUUGUGGAUUCAGUUUGAAACCUUGUAUAAAAGAUACCUCCAAUCUCAAGUUCCUCAUUGAAUAUGGUUGACUAUGAGAAAAGAAUAUAAAUAGGGAAGAUGGUUAAAAAUGUAUGCUGAUAUUCGA